AUGCAGUGUGAGUUUGUUGAUGGUAAAACUGUUUUCAAGCGUUUGUACAUUUGUUUAGAACCAUUAAAGAGAGGGUUUAAGAUGAACUGUAGGCCUUUUAUUGGGUUAGAUGCUUGCCAUUUAAAAGGGGUUUAUGGUGGACAGUUGCUUACAGCAGUUGGGAUCGAUCCCAAUAACAAGAUUUGGGUGCUAGCAUAUGCUGUGGUUGAGAUGGGAACAAGGGAGUCAUGGACAUGGUUCAUAGAUCUGUUGGCCAAGGAUGUGGACAUUGUUAAUUCCCAUGGAUGGGCCUUUAUAUCUAACAAGCAAAAAGGACUACCUGGUGCAUUUGAAGACAUUGUGCCUAAUGCCGAGACAAGAUUCUGUGUGAGGCACCUUUGGGAUAACUUCAACAAAACGUAUAAAGGUAAAGUAUUGAGGGAUCAGUUAUGGACAUGUGCUAAAGCUACCAAUGUGCCUUGCUUUAACUAUCAAAUGGAAGUAAUGAAGACCUUGGAUAGCAAUGCAUGGGAGUGGCUUGCUGAGAAGCCACCAACAUAA